UGCUCGCGCAUGCGCCACGGGGGCGGAUGGCUGGGAUCUUUCAGGAGUGGGGUCGCCGUGCGGGAAUGAUGGGCGCCCGGGUGACCCGCGUGUUUCAGAAUUUCAACCUGGAGAACCGAGCCCACCGGGAGAUCGGCAAAGCGAAGGCCAGAUCUGCACCGCGGCACCCCACUGCAGCCGCGCAGGACAACCCUGGCAAAUUCCGAGAAGAAAUUCAGAAGAAAGAUGAACAUCUUCAUACAUUAUUAAAAGAGGUUUAUGUUGAUUCCAGAGAUCCGCCUAUGACUGUAAAAAACAGGGAUGGAAGCCUCCCAGCCAAGACUGAGGAGCGCCGCCUGGCAAAAGCAGGCCAGCUUGGUAACCUCGAUGUUCAGACUGUUCCCAAAGGCAAAAUCUCAGUAACUGAGGCCUUGACCCUUCUCAGGAAUCAUCAUCAUUCUCCAAAUGAAUGGACUGCAGAGACAAUAGCAAAUGAAUACAACCUAGAAUUGAAGGAUGUGACUGCCGUGUUAAUGUACUUCAUACCUUUUUCUGUGGAAAUCUUUCCUCCUCAAGACAAAAAAGCCUUACCGCCUAGAUAAAAAUGUCUGCCAAAUCUUGAUGGAUGUGCAAACUGCUCUUUGUCUCAUUUGCCUUUCUUUGUCCUAAAAACUGAAAAUAUGUCUUAUUUAAGUGGCAUCUGCAAUCUCACCGUCGCUUUCUUAAACCGUUCUUGAGAAAACAGUGGAACACAGACAAACCUCAGCAGAAUCUGCAAAAAGAAGCCCCAAAUGCCAGCCGUCUGAAGGGGAUUUGUUAUAAAUUGAACAAACAAAAAUCAUUAUCUUUAUGUUUGAUCUUUGCCAGUUUUGUGUGCUGCAGAACUGUUGCUAUAAUAACAUUCUGUAAAUAGUUAUUAUUAAAGCAAAGCAGAAUUGCAAUUUUUUUCUUUUAA